AUGCGUCUUGGACCAUUGGACCGCCGCCUUGAGCGGACUAGAUGCCUAUCCUGUGCGAAGAGUCAUUUGAAGUGUUCUGCUGGCACAAGAUGUACGAAUUGUUUCAAGCGUAAUCUUCAAUGCGUCUAUCCUCAGAAAAACACAGCAACCAUGGGGAUACAGCUGUUCAAUCCACAAACACCUAGAAGCGAGGUCUGUCUAAGGAUAUCACAAAAGCCAAACUUCGACCACAGCAACGAGAUCUUGAAAAUCUUUCUCACCAGAUUCGUCAGCGAGAAUGACUUUACUGGACUUCCUUCGACUUGGUUCCUCGACAUUCAGACGCACUUUGCAACCGACAUGGCAGUGCAUCAUGCGAUCAAGGCAUUGAGUGCAUUAUACGCUUGCCAGAAAGAUAGCACAAACCGUCUCCAGAAUCAGAGACUCGCAUUAAAGUCCUAUCAGACUGCAGUGCUAUCAGUAAAGAAAGUAAUCAAUGGCCCAGACGCAAGGAUCGAGCAACCACUAUUGUCAAGCACGUUUCUACUAGGCUUGUUUGAGUUAAUGUACGACCCCACAGGCCAAGGCUGGAUAAAACACACCAUGUACGGUACCUCUAAACUCGUCCAAUUUUUAGGACCAGAGGCUUUCCGCUCAGGCCUAGGUCUGAGUUUCUUCACUCAGACGAAGAUGUUUGAAGUUUCUCGCUGUCUGAUAUUCUCAGAGUCUUCGUUCUUGAUUCAGAAGCCUUGGAUGGAGUUGCAUUACAGUAGUGAUUCUAGCGAGAGUGACACACAUCCUCUAGAUGAUCUUCUCGAUCUGAUGAUCAAAUGCUCGGAUCACUGCGCCAGGGCAUUGUCAUACCUUCAAGGCAUGAACGAAACCGCUCUAUCAAGCGUCCAGAUCCAACAACUCCGAAGUUUCUCUCUGGAAGGAUUCGAACUCAGACUUGCCCUCGAUGGAGUAGACUCCCGUCUUUUGUCACUGCCAUUCCACCUCACAACCUCGUCCCGCACUCUGAUUGCAAAAGUAUACUUUGCAGCAACUUCGAUCUUUCUCUCUGGAAUCUACGAUUACAGAUCUGUAUGGCUACGAUCCAUAGAAGCUGUUCCCACACUCUCACAGUACAUGAUUGAAUAUCACGUCAACACAAUACUUGAGGGAACGGAAUAUGCAAUGCAGCAAACCAAUCUUUCCAAAUUGCUGUUUUUAUAUCCACUUAGGGUUGCUUGUGCGAGGGUGUAUAUGGAUGAGCAAAAGCAGAGAUUGAGGAAAAUGUUUGGGCUGAUACAACACUCAUUCGCUGUUGCAGAUGUAUUCAGGACUGAGGUGGAAGAGCUUUGGAGAACGCCAAUUUUGGAGCGGUAUACUUGA